GCUGUUGUGUGGGGCUGCAGGUGGCGCUGUGCAUGGAGUCCGGUGUCCGUGUCGUUCGGGGCUGGCUGUACCUCCGCUGCCGCAGGUGGCGCUGUGCCUGGAGUCCGGUGUCCGUGUCGUGCGGGGCUGGCUGUACCUCCACGGCCGCAGGUGGCGCUGCUUCGGGAGCCGAGCUCUCUGUUGUGCGGGGCUGCAGGGGACGCUGUGUUAUGUUGCCGUGUGCAGGAGUUGACGAUGAAGCACAGUUGGGCUUCCCUGGGCGUACAUCUGACAUAGGGGCUGGGCUUCGGCUUUAGCAGAAGAAGCGGAAUCUGCUCCUGAGACGGAGCGGGUCUGUGGGAGCUAUUGAUGCUGAAACCACCCAUGGCACUGUCAAGAAUAGCAGAUGUUCUGGUUUUCUGUUCAUUAUUCCUCUUACGACAAAUAUCACCAAAAACAAACAGACUGACAGGUCAUUCAUCUUCGUGCCUUUGCCUAAUAACAGUCACUACAUUAUAAAAAUAAAUCGCUGUGGGAAGCAGUUUGACUAGAAAAGAUGCAGUACUCUGCUUUGCUGAAACAUGACGGGGAGCCAGUUUAAUAUCAGACGCUGGACCAGCAAGCACGUGGCCAAGUGGCUAAAGGAAGAAGGCUUCAGUGAAUAUGUUGAUCUUCUAUGUAAUAAGCACAGACUGGAUGGUAUUGCCUUGUUAACUUUGACUGAAUAUGAUUUACGUUGCCCACCUUUAGAACUGAAAGUGUUGGGUGAUAUUAAAAGGCUUAUGGUAUCCAUUCGGAAGCUACAAAAGCAGCAUAAGGAUAUCUUGGUGGAGAUGGGCUAUGCCAGUGACGAAUUCCUUGCUGGUACUGUUGCACAUGCUGGUAAUUCAUCACAAAGCAAAGACUGUCAGUGUAAUGGUGUGGAUCAUUCCAGGGACAGUGGUGGCUCAAGUGGAGACUUGAGGACUGAACAAUAUCAGAACGGUAAACACUGCAAAUAUCAAACACGAAGACUUGACCCAGAGUUUUGGAAGACAGCUCUGAGCUCUGUUUAUGUAUUUGUAGUCUUUGGGUUUACAUCGAUUGUCAUGGUAGUAGUUCAUGAACGUGUGCCUGACAUGCAAACUUAUCCACCCCUACCAGAUAUAUUCCUGGAUAGUGUACCUAGAAUACCUUGGGCUUUCGCAAUGGCUGAAGUCUGUGGCGUUGUGCUCUGCACUCUUUGGCUGUUACUGCUGCUACUUCAUAAGCACAGGUCUAUCCUUUUUCGUCGCAUGUGUAGCCUGAUGGGAACAGUGUUCCUAUUGCGCUGUGUUACUAUGUUUGUUACCUCACUCUCUGUGCCUGGCCAUCAUCUGCAGUGUUCUGGAAAACUGUAUGGCGACAUAUGGGCCAAGUUUCAAAGGGCACUUGCAAUUUGGAGUGGUUUUGGAAUGACGCUAACAGGCGUGCAUACUUGUGGAGACUACAUGUUCAGUGGCCACACAGUUGUCAUUACCAUGCUUAACUUCUUUGUCACAGAAUAUACACCAAGAAGCUGGAACUUCUUGCACACCUUGUCUUGGGUGUUGAAUCUGUUCGGGAUCUUCUUUAUCCUUGCUGCACAUGAACAUUAUUCAAUUGAUGUCUUCAUUGCAUUUUAUAUCACCACAAGACUCUUUUUGUAUUACCACACACUAGCCAAUACUCGAGCAUAUCAGCAAAGCCGAAGAGCACGGAUUUGGUUCCCAAUGUUUUCAUUCUUUGAAUGCAAUGUCAACGGCCCUGUACCAAAUGAAUAUAGUUGGCCACUUUCUAGACCAAGGUUAUUGAAAGCAUUAAUUGGAUAAAUAGCCAUCCACACUAAUGAGUUGUUUGUUGGACAAAGAAAUUAUUAAUUGAACAAUAGUUUGUUUUAUACCCAAGAUUAGUACAAAGGCUUGUGUCAAGCCAGGUGCAAACAUGAAGGGGAAGGAGACUUUGAUAUGCAAUUGGUGGUUUGGUUGGUUCUUGAUUAGUCCACCAAGUUGGAAAUGUGCUCUUUUUUCCCCAGAUGAGUCAAACUGUCUUAAUUUGGGAAACCUUACUCCAGUUGGUGGCCUUAUACAGUGUGCAUGUUUUGAACAUUUGGGCAUUUCUCCCAGGAGCAUACCUGUACCUGAUGGGCCUUUAGGCAGCCAGUCUCGGUAGCGGUGAUGAUAAAGCAGUAGGAUUCCCACACAAAUUAACGCUGCUAAAUUUAAAAUAAGUUUUGUUAUCCUCAAGAGAAAAAUUAAUACUUUUUUUAAAAGCCAAUGAGACACUGGGAUUGUUCAGAACAUCUGAGAGCUUUGAAAGCGUUUUUCUAAGUGGCAGGUUUUUAAGAAUGCUUGCUUAAAAUAAACCUGUUUUUUGCAGUGUUUUUCAUGAGGUUUUAUUUCAGGGAAGUGUGGUUUCACGCUUGUUUAAGGAAACACUGCGAAAACUUAUGGGAAAUCUGAAAAUAAGACCUUAAAAAGCCGAUGGAAAGCAUCUUUGUUAUACCGCAUCAUCAAUAUUCCCCUGAAUACCACAUGGGUGUUUAACCAAAAAUUACCCAAAGUAUCUGUUCUUGAAGCAAUAAAAAUAUGUUUUCCAAUACUGCACCUUUGGGGAUAUAUCUAAUACUAGUCUUAGCCGUUUUUGUUUUGAGAUGUUCGGUGGUUAACUAUGACUUCACUUCAUCUCAUUACACACCUCAAAUCUUUCAUGCAGUAUUAACAGUGUAAUGUGAUUUUUGGAAAUUAGCCCUCAUAAUGCAUUCAUAAGCAAAAAAACUCAAAGAACCACUUGUAAUUUGUUUACAAUUAUGUAGAGUUUAUUAGAAUACACUAUUUGCAAUUAAUAUCUAUUUGAAUUAUCUAAAACAUAAUUAGGCACAAUUUCGAAAACCAUUUGGUAGUUCUUAUCAACCUUUAGAUGGCAUUUAGCAUUGAUCCUGUUGGAUAGUUUACUAUACAGAAUUCAUUGCAAGUGGGUAGAAUCCUUCCUGUAAUGUAGGUGGUGUUGUGAUGGCACUUAUACUUUAGUGACCUAUCAUAAGCACUUUUUACAUGUUGACUUGCAGGCUUUAGUUUAUUUUGCCUGGGUUUGUUAGUUUUCAUGAAGCAGAACUUUGUGGUAAUAAGGCAACAGGCAUACAUUACUGUUCUAAAAAUGAACAUAUUUUAACAGCUGUGUCAAAAAAAACCAACAACAGUUUUAGUUUUCUUCAAUUAGCCAUUAUUAGCAUAUUAUAAAUCAAUUUGACUAGAUGAUAUAACAAGCAGAGUUCCACUAUAUUUCAAUGCAAAUAUUUACUCAUAGUUUAUUUGUCAAAUAAUUUGGACAAAUAUGUGAAGGUUUCUUGCUAUUGAGUUUACAAGUUAAAACAUAAGAAAAAGCUGAGGCUUGAUGUAUUUGUUGGGUUCUUUUAUCACUUUUAGAAAUUUUUUUGAAGCACGUGUAUGUCUCUUGAUGCUGAUAAUUAUAUUGUUAGAAAAUAGAUGGCAUCAGCAAUACAAAUGGCCAAUUAAACAAUCUUUAUUUUUAGGAUCUGCUCAUCAUUGGCACUGCAGAUCCUUGAAGUGUUUUAUUCAACUCACUUAGAUCAGCAAUUGAAAUAUCACAAUUAGUUUGAAGUAUUCUAAUUUAUAUCUUCAUGCAGUGGGUAAUGACUAAAUUCAAUGUUAAUUGACAUUGGGGCAAUACCUACCAAUUUUAGUUUGCUGCUCAAAGUGUGUUGCAAAUCAAAUAUUCAUUCUCCAAAUUGUCACUGAAAUUGUAUCACUCCCUGGUUUAAUGUUGGUGUCUCGCAUGGUAAUGUGUUGUCAUUGCACUAAACAACCUCAACACAUUCAGAUUUGGCUGUUUUUGUCUGUAGCAUAAGUCAAUUGUCUAGUUAUUAAACCGAAAAGCAAAGCAUUUCACUGCAUGUGUGAUUGAUUGUAUGAAUCUUCUGUAUAAAGAAGCCACCUGAAGCACUGGAUCUGAAUGAGGUGACUGUACCAUGCUCACAACCAGUUGUGUCAAUAAUUGUUUACAUUCCGUUCCUGUUGAAAGAUGCCUAAUGAUGCAAAAUUCAAAUUCUGCUCAGCUUUAAUGGUCAUUCCCUGAAUUGUAUGUAUUAGAAGCCUUUCUAGCAGACUUUACAGAAUCUUAGCUUUAGAAUGAUGAAAUGACCUUUACCAAUGAGAGUGAUUUUGCAUGCACUGGAAACUUAAAACUUUAAAAUUAUUGAUGGCAGCAGACUUUAUAAGGCAAAUUCUUAAUAACUGGUUGUGUUAUCACAUGGCUAGACUAACAAAAAUUAUCUGUAAUCAUCCACGAACCCUGCUAAAUAUUUUUGAUAUUGAAUGUUAUUUCCCUGGUCUUCCUGGGUCAGUUGCUCCUGUUUCCUAUUUAAAUUGAGAAAUGAAAGUCUCUGUGGCAUUGUAUUAAAAUCUUUUUCUUCCCAUUUGUUGCAAAACGGUGUUUUUCUAUAGUUCUUGAAUGACAUUGCAACAUUGCAUGUUUAAUACUACCUCUUUUCUGCAGUUUAAUUUCACCCUCAUGCACAGUUGCAGACAGUAACCCAGUGCCACUUUUGAGAAGUUUGUAGGUGUCUUGGCCUGUGUUGUUCCUGCUUGUUCUGCCAUUAGAUUACUUAUUUAACAAAAAUUUAACUUACUGUCAUUUCCAUAUCACAUCAGGCUGGCUGAUGCAACAUCCGUCCCUUUGUGAAAUGGCAGUAAAUUAGGUUAGAUUGUGAACAACUAAAGCAAUCUGUUCCAUCUUGUACAGUGCAUGAGUGAAACCCUGCCAACUUGCAGAUGUACCCAAUGUUGCUGGGUGGUAAUUGAUGAAUGUUAACUGUUUUAUUAACUUUUAUGCUGUAAAUAUAAGUAUUAAAAACAUGCAUUUGCCUGAUAACGCAACAGUUGCAUUGCAAGAGACCAGGAAAUGUGGUCCAGUUCACUGCCCAAUAGCUCCAACAAGUUUGCAAAAGGGGGUACCCGAGAGAAGCUUAUUUCUCACUCCAUGCUUAUUUAUCCUUCUUUAGAAUUAUUUAUUAGUGGCUGAUUUUUGUGUAGAACCACUGAGUUUACCCCGCCCCCCCCUUGCAGUUUCCUCAUGUAAUGCAACUAAAGUUAAUGUCACAGGAACCAAACAGACAUAGAAAACAGGGCCUUUAUACAUAUUAUCUGCUUCCUGUUGUUUUACAAUAAAAAAUUGCCAUGAAGGAUAGUGGUAUGUUACCUGGGAAUUGUGUGACCAUUUAAAUUUAUUGUCGUACUGUGCAUAUCCUUGGAGGUUGUGAUGAGCUUUGAAAUGUGUGUGCUAUUCAUUAGUUUGCUGGCAUUCUGAUAUUGUUACAGUAUCAGUUUUAUCACUCCAAAUAUUUUUCCCUUCUCUCUUGCAUGAUGUGCCAUUCUCUUUAUCAGGAUGGUGAGCUGAUAACCUGUUUCCAAUGAUCAUCUUGAGUUGGAUGUUUAAGGUGCUUAAGGCAUGGGGUAAUUCUGAUUAGUUUCUCAUGGCUAUCCUCCCAUUGGGUUGGGGGGAGUGCUUGAAUCCAUAGCAAUACAUAACAUCAGCCAUUUCCAGUGAGAGGGCAGCUUAAUAAAACUUUAUCUUAAGGAGUGUAAUGGGGGACCAUAUUGCCAUGUGAGUUUUCUUUCUCUAGUAUCAGUGCAACUAGAAAAGGCAAGAGUAAACUAGUUUCCUUGUCUCACAAAUUUUAUUGGAAGAUAGUUAUAAUGGUAUAUCAACAUCCUGCCAGCUGACACAUUGAUGCUCUUGAAGAGCAAAGCCUAGUAAUAUUUGCCAAGGAAAAUUAGAGUUGUUAAUGACUAUAAAACUCAAAAUGGGAAAGCUUGAAAAUUAUAUUAAUUAUUCCAAAAUGAUCAACAUUGUAUUACCAUUUUUAAUACUUGGGUUUGGGUGACUUCUUGUGCUUUGUACCACUUUCAAUACCUCUUCUCAACUCUCUCACCCCCCACUCCCUUCAUGCCCUAAAUGUGGCAUCGUCACAUUUCACACUUUUGUCAUUUUUCACAUCUGGUGAUAUUGUACCAAUUGUUUGAAAAAUUAAUUAAUUUAACCAUUGUGGAGGCGACCUUGGAAAGAUGGGAUAAACAAACCUGAGAGGUUUUGAGGCAAAGAAAACAAGCCAGUGCAUGAGAAUAAAAGCCACUCAUAUUUUUGUAAAGCAGAAGCUGCACAUACCAGCUGUUCUGAGUGAAUCUGAUCCUUGUACUUCGAGGACAUGGCCAGUUAUUUGAGGCAGAGUGGAAAGGUGUCCUUCUUGUAUGGUUCUAAAAUAGCCUUAUGCUGUAUAAGAUUGUAGGUUUUUAGAAUAAACAUUCAAUGUCAAAAAUCCCGAAAUUUAGAUGGCCUUGAAUCUUUGUGUAUGACUGUGCAAUACACAAGUGUUUGAUGCAAACCAACAACAAAAUUAGAAAAGAAACAAACCAUCAGCACGUUAUUUUCACAAGCGCCCAAUUAUUUCUUCUUAUAAAAAUAUAGGUAUAUAUCUAAAAUGAAACACUAAAUUAAAAGAACUGUUAAUGGGCUGUUUUCUUUUGGGUUUAAAUGCUGUUCAGUAUUAAUGUUAUUUAAUGAGUUCAGAUCAGAGGUAUUUAAUGUUUACAUUUGUAUUGUUUGUCCUAUUAAAAUUAAUAAAGUAAACUAAGUAAAACAGUAACGUUUUGCAGAUUUCUGUGCUUUAGCUCAGUGUAAUUCCAUCUUUAUAAUGGUGCCUUUUGUUGAUGGCAUCCAGUAUGAAUUCCAAAAUGUUUUUGUGUACAACUCCUGAAUAAAUUUGUUCGAUACUGAU